AAGGGGGAAGGUGUUCCCGGGGAAAGGUGUUUCAGGAGCUUUAGGCAGACCACUAUAUCCAUUGCUUUUCAGGUUCCCCAGACUUUUCCCGACGUGAUGUGCGGACAAAGAUGGCCAUGGGCCGUCUUAGUGUCUGGGGGGGACAAGGGCUUUGUCCCAUUGUUUCCUUGCAACAAACCCUUUGUCCAAUGAGAAUUUAGGCUAACAUAUAUACAGACACCGCUAUCAUGGUACAUAUUUUCCCCCUUUACCUUAAUAAGCUCAAGGGGCGGACACCAAGUACAUUAUCCAGUCCCAACCAUGGCCCCAGAAACCACCAAGUCUUCCCCCUCCCCGGCUUACCGCUUCCGCCUCCCCUCGACGCUCCCUCCCGAACUCCUCACCGACAUCCUCACAAGAAACAUCACCACCGAGCCGCCCGUGUGCGCGCUCUCCCUCCUGUGCCCGGAAUGGAAUCUCUGCCAGCGCCAGCGCCGACACCCGGCUCUCGAAGCCGUCCUCCGCACCACCCGCGUCGACGUCUACACCCUCCCGGCCUCUCGCCCUGGCGAAGAACGGGGCGCGGUGACUACGAGCUUUGGACACGGCGCUGCUGAGCAUGAUCGUCAUGAUGAUGGUGGUGGGGCGUUUUGCUUCCCAUGCCUUGAGGAUCCCAGGAAAAAGAUGUCUAUGACUACUGGAGGAGGUGGAGGUGGUGGUGGUAAUGGUGGCCUGUGUCUGCCGGCUUAUUAUCGCAGGGAGUUGAUUAAGCAGUGGCUGGGCAAGAGCCUGGUGGUCAUCUCACAGGAUUUGGACGAGCAUGAUGCUGUGGGGCCGCUCUGGCGGGGCAUGGAGAAGGGGGAGGUGGAGAGGAUGGUGAUUCUGAGGGAGAGGGAGGCGAUGGGUUUGGUGCCGUUUGAGGAUGAUGACAUCGUCAUCGCCGUUAAGGAAAAUAAAGGUGAGGGAGGAGGCGGGGUGAAGGUGAAGAAGCGGGUCUUGUCUGUUGAUGGUAGGGAGAAGGAGAAGCUUCCUGCUCUAACUACUACUAGUAUGGAAGGGGGGGCGCCCAGUAGUGGGAAGGGAGGAGGAGGAGGAGAGUAUCUGUUUCAGCUGGUGCGGCAUCUGGUGGUGAAUACCGUGCCUGCGCUCGCUGAGGUCGAGGCGUUCGAUCUCGGCAUGAGCCCGAGCACCUGGACUGCCCAGGCCGCGCGGAAUAUUGUGGCGCUCACCGAGAGGCUGGAGUACGAACGCAGGGCGAACCUGCUGCUGCGGUGGGACGCCCUCGAGCGGCUCGAGUCGCUGUUUCUUGAUCUGAGGGGCUACAGUCUGCUGAGGGCGAGGUUUCUGUACGACGACGACGUAGCGAGACUCGCCGCGUCGCUCGCGGGAAAGGGGUUGGCCCUGUUGGUGGUGGCUGGGCUGAGGUCCUGGUAUGCCUACCGCGGCCCGGAUGUCCUGGAGAUCGAAGAAAUCGAGGCAGGCACGUGGGAUGGCCGGCGUGAGGUGUUUGUGGAUGCGGGGAGAGGGGGGUGCGUCAACUGGUGGAAGAUGUUCAAGGGCGCAGUGAGGCCUGGAGGCCGACUUGUCUUUGUGGAUAAGGACGCGAGGGAUGGGGAUGAGUUGGCGCUGCUACGGCCGGAUUCCCGCCAGUGGGUAGUUCCGGGCUAUUGAGCUCGACAACCUGGUGUAAAUCAUCUCGAUCAAUCUUCAGUGGCUUACAGUGCGGCCAAUCGACAGCUUCCUCGCUACCCUCGUGGAGUCUGGAUCGAGGAGGCGAUGCGGGGCCGACGCAGUUGGGGAUGGAAGCUUCUUUCCCCAGGCCCCCCCCCUCCU